AUGUGCACAUUUAAAUCGUCUUUUGCCACGACGACGCUUUCUGAAUCGACACCGGUGGACGAAAGCACGACCGCGCAAAGAACGACAGUUCCUACUCUGGCGGUAACAACAGAGCAAAGCACUUUGACCUCAACCUUGCCACAGACCACCGUGGCAAGUACAAUAACGGAGAGGCCUAGUACGUUUGAAUCGUCUGUAGCCACGUUUACAACACCAAGUGCCACAACCACAAUCCUUGGUACGUCGGAAGGUCAUACCACCAUAUCGCAGACCACGUGGUAUCCGUCCACGGACACAACAUAUGGCAUGAAAACGACCACAAGCAGCCAAGGAACGUCAGUGCCAACGACAACGCUUGCCGAAUCUACAUCGGCAGACCAAAGUAGCACCCAAAGAACAACAUUUCGUACAGUGCCUGCAACCACUGAGCGAAGCACUGCUACAUCAACUCUGCUUGAGACCACAGUGGCUAGUACAACUACAGAGCAGACAAGCACAAUUGGCUUGUCUUCCGCAGCAUCUUCGACAGAACCUGCUCGAAGUACUCUUCUCAGCACUUCUGAAGGGUAUUCAACUGGACAGUCCACAGAAUAUUCUUCAGCAGGCACCACCCUUGAACCAAGCUCCACCACUAGCAGAUCAAGAACGUCAGUCCAUUCGACAACGUUUUCAGAAUCUACACCGGUGGACAAAGGUACGACGGCACAAAGAACCACAGUCUCUACACUGUCGGUAACGACAGAACAAAGCACAUUGACCUCAACCUUGGCAGAGACCACAGUGGCUAGUACAACAACGGAGAGGGCUAGCACAUUUAAAUCGUCUUUUGCCACGACAACGCUUUCUGAAUCGACACCGGUGGACGAAAGCACGACCGCGCAAAGAACGACAGUUCCUACUCUGGCGGUAACAACAGAGCAAAGCACUUUGACCUCAACCUUGCCAGAGACC